AUGGCCCACUCAACGCGCUUCGCAGUUCUCGCCUUCGCCGCGCUCCUCCUUGUGCUAGUCCCCGCGCAUGCGGCGCCCGCCGCCGCCGCCGCCCCGCGCUGCGCGCUCACGGGGCUUGCGCCGAAGAAGCCCGUCGUUCCGCCGCACCGGUGCCCCGCGGCGGCGGAGCUGUCGUGCUGCGCGGACUGCGCGGACACGAAUCAAGCGCUGGAGUUCGUCUCGUCAACCCUUGACGAUCUUGGUCAAAUGAUGAACACCUGGGAUCUCUUUGGCGGCACCGCGCGGACCUCCCCUCAGUUUCCAUCUUACCCGCCUCCCCUGCCCAACCCCCUCCUCCCCAUCUCUCCUUCCGCCUCACAAUCUCCUCCCACCCUCCCCUCGCUCCACACACCCCCUCCCUUCCCCCCAUUCGUCCUUUUCCUCCGCGUGCCGCCAGGUGUGCGAUGCGCUUCAGCCGUACCCCCAGUGCAUGCUCAUGAUCGAACGGAUCAUCUGCGGCGCCACGUGCAACCCAGGCGAGUGCUGCUUCUCUCUUUUGGCACUCAUCCAUCGAUGCCCUUCUUCCCCCCCCCCCCAACCCAAGGUGCAUGCUUCUCGGGAGCCGCAGCCGCGCCAGUCUACACCCCCUGCUGCGACCCCCUCACCGUCGACCCCAAGUGCCCCCCAGGCGCUGUUGACAAGGUCAAGUACGCGCACUACAUCAACCGCUCAUUAUUCACUGCACUCCCUUCUCCUUGCCACAGGGUGCAUGCUUCACGGGAGCCGCGGCCGCGCCAGCCUACACCCCCUGCUGCGACCCCCUCACCGUCGACCCCAAAUGUCCCCGAGGCGCUGUUGACAAGGUCAACCGCAGCCGCACCAACCUACACCCCCUGCUGCGACCCCCUCACCGUCGACCCCAAAUGUCCCCGAGGCGCUGUUGACAAGGUCAAGUACGCGCACUACAUCAACCGCUCAUUAUUCACUGCACUCCCUUCUCCUUGCCACAGGGUGCAUGCUUCUCGGGAGCCGCAGCCGCACCAACCUACACCCCCUGCUGCGACCCCCUCACCGUCGACCCCAAAUGUCCCCGAGGCGCUGUUGACAAGGUCAAGCGCGGGGAGCGGCGGGGGAGGGGGAGGGGGAGGGCUGCGCGUGAGCACGCUGAACGGCGUGAAGGUGUAUAACGUGUCGGGCGGCAAGGCCGUGCCCGAGUGGAUUUCGGACAAGAAGAAGCGCGCUCUCAGGAAGGACGAAGACUACCUGCGGCGCAUCGAGCUUAUUCAGGACCUCGAGUUCAAAGUCGCCUCAACGCGGAUCAAGGCAUCUCGUGACGGCAAAUACCUCCUCGCUUCAGGCGUGUACCCCCCUCAGGUGCGCGUGUACGAGCUGGCAGAGCUGUCGCUCAAGUUUGAGCGCAAUCUGGAUUCCGAGAUUGUGGACUUCCAGGUGCUCACAGACGACUACAGCAAGAUUGCCUUUCUGUGUGCCGACCGCUCCGUGUGCUUCCAUGCCAAGUUUGGAGCCUACUUCAAGACACGCAUCCCCAGGAUGGGCCGAGGGUUGGCGUACGACCCGGCAUCAUGCGAUCUGCUGCUCGCUGCCUCCUCCCCUGAGAUUUACCGGAUCAAUCUGGAGCAGGGUCAGUUCCAGCAGUCGCUGCAGUCGCGGUCGCCAGCAGUGAAUGUGAUCGGUCGCAGCCCCUCCCACGGGCUCAUUGCCUGUGGCGGGGAGGACGGUGCCUUGGAGUGCUUCGACAACCGCCAGGCGUCGGCCGUGUCUCGCAUUGACUCCGUGGGGGCCACUGGGAACGCUGAGCAGCAAGUGACAGCAGUGCGGUUUGAAGACACAGAGGGCAUGCAUCUGGCGGUUGGCACGAGCACAGGCCAGGUGCUGCUAUAUGAUCUCCGCUCCUCCAAGCCCUACCGGAUAAAGGACCACAUGUACGGCAGUCCCAUCCACAGCAUCAAGUGGCACAGAGGCAUAGCAGGGUCAUCCCAGCACAUCAUUUCAACCGAUAAGCGCAUCAUCAAAAUCUGGAACCCCACCACUGGCACCAACGUGACGAGUGUGGAGCCAACAGAACCGGGAGGAAUCAACGACGUGUGUGUGAUGCGAGGCAGCGGGCUGAUCGUGGCAGCCAUGGAUUCGCCCCGCCUGCAGGCCUACUUCAUCCCCUCUCUCGGACCCGCACCCCGCUGGUGCUCGUUCUUGGAAAAUAUUACGGAGGAGUUGGAGGAGGGCGGAGCAGCGAUGUACGACGAUUACAAGUUCGUCACACGGGAGGAACUGAAUGCACUGAGGCUCACAGAGCUGCUGGGAACCAACCUGCUGCGCCCCUUCAUGCACGGGUUCUUCCUGCACUCGCGGCUGUAUCAUAAGGCCAAGUCCAUAGCAGACCCAUUCGCAUGGGACGCGUACCGGCAGCAGAAGGUGAAGGAGAAGAUCGAAGCACAGAGAGCCAGCCGCAUCUCGGUGCAGAAGAAGCUUCCCAAGGUGAAUGCCAAGCUAGCAGCGCAGCUGAUGCAGCAGAGUGGGGGAGCCGAGGCGGCAAGGGAGGAGGGAGGGGAGGAGGAGGAGGACGAGGAGGAGGAAGGGGCGGGAGGGAAGGCGCGGAAGCAGCGCAAGGCUGCUGCCAGUGCUCUGGCUGACCCUCGUUUCGCCUCGCUGUUCACGGAUCAGGCGUUCCAAGUGGAUGAGGACUCUCAAGAGUACAUGGCCCUGCAUGGGGGCAUGCGGGGAGGAGCGGAGGAGAGGCGGCAGCAGCAGAAGCGGGAUAAGGAGCUUCUAGCGGAGCAUUUCGAAAUGGUGGAGGGGGAAGAGGAGGAGGAUGAUGAGGAUGAGGAUGAGGGAGAGGAGGGGGGACAGGAAGAGGAUGAGGAUGAGGGAGAGGAGGGGGAUGAGGAGGAGGAGAGGGGUGGAAGCGGGAAGAGGAGGUUGGUGCAGGGCGGAAAGGAGGAGGAUGUGUCGCGGAAGAGAGGGGCCAAGGAACCAAGGUAA